CAUCAAGGCAUCCUCGAAACCAAACCCACCACAACCCCCUCAACAAGAAUAAUAGCAUAAAAGCAAAGAGCAAAACAAUCCCAUCCCAUCCCAUCCCAUCUCGCUUUUACACUUAACCCUCAUCUAGUCCUCGCCCCAAAGAAAUGCAGACAAGCAACGCGCGUAAUCAAACAUCUCGCAGCUUCGGUGCAGCUAACGUUACACCGGCCGCGGCCAUACUAUUUCUCCGAAAGCUGACCCGGCCCGCCGCUACGGCUAUUUUGCAAGGGGUAGCGCCUAAUGGUCUGUACCUAACUACGGGAGUGGGCGAAUUGGAAUAUGGUGAAGGUGCUGUCCUUUCACGCGCUUGGCGGCUAAUCUGUGGAUCCGAUGAGGUCAUGGGCGCGCUUGUCUGUUUUUGUUCCGGUUGGUUGUUCGGUGGGAGGGAUGGAUGUUACGGAGAGGAAUGAUUGAGUCUGAUGGAACCUUUGCAUUCUAGAAUUGGGUUUUUAUGUAGAAGGCAAUGGAGAUAUUCAUUUAUAAUUUAUAUACUCCGCUAGGGAGGGAGGUUGUUUUGAAGGUGAGAAUCAAGAGCGAUGGGGUGAAG